GUUGUCGUGGGGGAGGGCGAGCCAGGGCGAGGGGGAGUGUAAAUAGAGCGAAGGCGGCGGCGCCGUGUCGGAUCCGUCACCUCCCGGGUGGACCUCGAAGAGGCCUGGAGGGAGAUGGAAGACGAUGAGCAGGAGCAGCGGCGCAGAAAGGUGGAGGCCGGGAGAGCGAAGCUUGCUCACUUCCGACAGAGAAAAACAAAAAGUGACUGUGCGCAUUCGAAGAAAAAGACGGCGAAGAGGAAGGGCUCGGCUGUCGAUGCGCCUGUCCAGGAGGAGAGUCCGGUAGCUACCGAGGACAGUGGAUUUCUAGGAGGAGGAGACAUUUGCAAAACCCCAUGGAGUAGUGACACCCCUGAUGGGGCCGCAGCCGCUCAGCUGGAGAACCCUGAUGGAGCAAGGACAGAGGACUCAGAGUGGCCAUGGCAGAAACUGGAUGGUGAUGUUUCGGAACAGCCUGGGGCCCUCACAAAGGAUUGUGAACAGGAAUGUACACCUGAAAUUGCUGAACUGAUGAGCCAACAUGAAGACAAGACUGGCAGGGAGCAGUGGGCUAUGGUGGGGCUGCCGGCAGAGAUGCAGCAGGUGCAGCUGCAGACCCAGCCAGUGCCACCCCUGGAGCUGGAGGCGCUGCGAUUGAGUCUGAACAACAUGCACACAGCACAGCUGGAGCUGACGCAGGCCAACCUACAGAGGGAGAAGGAGACAGCACUGACGGAGCUGCGGGACAUGCUUAAUGGCCGGCAUGCCCAGGAGCUGGCCCUGCUGCAGAGCCGCCAGCGACUGGAGCUGGAGCUUGUUAGGGAGCAGCACAUGCAGGAGCAGGAGGAAGUGGCACUGAGGUGCAGCCAGGAGAUAGCUGAGCUGAAGGAGAAGUUACAAUCAGAAAUGGAGAGAAAUGUCCAGAUAAUAGAGAACCUGAAGCAAGACUGGGAGACUGAAAGAGAUUUGUGCUUAGAAAACCUGCACAAAGAGUUAACUGCAAAGCAUCAGUCAGAGUUGGAGAAUUUACAAAGCCAGUUUAAGAAAGAAUUGGCAGAACAGAAAGCUGAGCUGGAGAAGAUUUUCCAAGCCAAGAAUCAGGCAGAAUUGUCCCUCCAGACCCUGCGGGCUCAACAUGAUGCCGCUGUGAAGAAGCUCCGGGAAGAACUGCAGUCCGAGCGCUGCCAGCACGCAGAGGACCUGGACCUGAGAGUCAGAGAGAAGGAGAGAGAAAAACAGCUGGAGUUGGAGAACCUUCAAGCAUCUUAUGAAGAGCUGAAGGCUCAGUCACAAGAGGAAGUCAGGCGCCUGUGGUCCCAGCUUGAGUCCAUGAAAACCGACAGACAGGAGCUGAGUGGUGAGGAUUCAGAGCCUCAAAAGCUGAAGCUGUGUGUGGACUUGCGUGAGCAGCUCCUGGCUCGAGCAUCUCACAUGGAAGAAUUAGAACACCUGCAGCGAGACUUUGAGCAGCAGCAGCAACGGGAGAAAACUGAGCACGAGUCUGAACUGGAACAAUUGAGACUUUAUUUUGAAAAGAAAUUGAGGGAUGCUGAAAAAAAUUACCAGGAAGACCUGACUCUGUUACAGCAGCGGCUGCAGGAGGUGAGGGAAGAUUCUCUUCUGGAGUCUGCGGAAAUGAGUUCAUCCAGUGCAGUUUUAGAAGAGACGUCUGAGAAAGAAAGAAGAGACCGCUUUGAUCAGCUCAGCUUCCAGCUGGAGCAGGAUGAGGAGGACCUGUGUUUGCACACACAGUUAGAAGAAAGCCCCCAGCACCAAGUGGCAGCCCAGCAGGAAGCGGACCUUGUGGGUACCCAGGUGUUGGCACAGCAUGUGGGGCUCCCGGAAGAGCCCGGCCCAGGGCUCGCUUGCGUGCAUCUUCAGGGUGCACAGGACCCAGCCGUGGAGUUAGAGACUGAAGUGGCAACGACAGUCUUGGGUUUGGAAACUGAGCACAAGGUUAAACUCUCACUGUUUCAGAGGGAGCUCCAGGAAGAAAUCAAUCUUUUAAAAAUAGAAAACCAAAAUUUACACAAGAAGCUGCAGCAGGAAAUCCGCCUGAAAGAGGACUUGGAGAAAGUAAAACAUAAUUUAGUUGAAGAUCACCAGGAAGAACUGAGGAAAGCUAAGGAGCAGAUUCAACUAAUGAAACAAGAACUUAAAGAAAGAGAAGCAGAGUGGAAAGGUACAAGUGAAGCCCUAAAGAGAGAAGCUGAAGAGAAGUUAACCCUGAUGCUCCUUGACCUGAGGGAACAGGCUGAAUUGGAGAAACAGUCAAUAAUAAACAAGUUUGAGCUCCGAGAAAUUGAAAUGAGGCAACUGCAGGAUCAGCAGGCGGCCCAGAUCCUGGACCUGGAGGGCUCCUUAAAGGAGCAGCAGGGCCGCCUGCAGCAGUUGGAACUUGACCUCACUGGGGACGAGUCUCUGCAGUGUGGCCAGGAGCCAAGCAGUGGUCUGGCUCCUGUGGACCAGAACCAGGAACUUGCUACACUUCAUUUAAAGGAGGACCGUGCCCUUCAGCUGAUGCUAGCCCAAAACAGAUUUUUAGAACAACGUAAGGAAAUCACAGAGAAAUUCACUGCAGAACAAGAUGCCCUCCUUCGGGAAGCCCAGGAGAAGCACGCCAAUGAGCUCCAGCUCCUUCAGGAGAGACACCAGCAGCACAUUCUGUCCCUAACAACAGAGCUUGAGGCCAAGCACCAGGCCAACAUUGAGGAACUGAAGGCUGUGUUCCAGAGGGAGCAGUGUGCUCUUGCAGAAGCUCGUGUAGCUGAAUUGCAGGCAAAACAUGCUGCUGCAAUCCAUGCUCUGGAGACGAGGCAUUUGUCACACCUGGAUUCUGUGGAGUCCAGUUACCUGUCUGAAAUUCAGACCCUCCGUGAUGAGCACAAGCAGGCCCUGGAGCUGUUGCAAGCGGGCCUUAAGGAACAAUUGCAGAAAAAGGACUCUUCCCAUCAAGCGAUUUUGACUCAGGAGUUAGAGAAACUUCAGCAGAAACACAGCGAAGAACUUGAAUCUGCAAAGAGGAGCUGGAGAACUGAGCAAAGCACUGAACACAGUGAGGGUUUGAAGGCCCUGGCAGCCGAGCUUCGUGAGGCUCACCAGGAGGAGUUGGCUGUAGCCCUGCGUAAUCAGAGGCGCCUGCUGGAGGAGGAGAAGACCGUGGCCCUGGACAAGGUGCGUGCUGAGGUCCUGCUCCUGGAGCAGCAGCACCAAGCAGCCCUGCAGGAGCUUGGCGACAUGCAUGCAGCUGAGAUGCAGAGGCAGCGGGCAGAGCAGCAGGGUGAAUUUGAACUUGAAAAGAAAGCUGCUUUGCAUGAAAAAGAGGAGAGGCACAGACUGGACUGUGAGCGGGUACAGUCCGUUCACCAAAAAGAGAAGGAGUCUUUGUCUCUGCAGCUUCAGGAGAAGAGCAACCAAAUUCUGCAGCUGGAAGACCAAAUUGCAUCCUUACGUCGUGAGAUAGAAGAGUGCCAUUCAGAACUGGAGACAUUACAGCGAAGGCGGGACAGGGAGAACCAGGAAGGCACCAACCUCAUCUCAAUGCUCAAGUCUGAUGUGGACCUGUCUCACAGCGAAAGGAUAGCUCUCCAGGAGGCCCUGCGGAGGCUGCUGGGCCUGUUUGGAGAGACACUGAAGGCUGCCAUCAUCAUGAAGGGCCGGAUCAGUGAGCGUGUGGGGCUCUGCCUGGAGGAUGAGAGCCCGCCCAACACGAGGCUGGGGGGCCAGUCCCCAUCUGCAGCGCCAGCACUGGAUGAGAUGUGGCCUGGGCCUGAUGUGGCCCUGACAGAGCUGGAUAAAACUUUGACUGAAUGCACUGAGAUGUCUUCCAUGGCAGAGAUCAGCAGCCACAUCUGCGAAAGCUUUUUCAUGAGCCCCGAAAGCACACUGGAGUGUGAGCAGCCCGUCAGAAGCAUCUACCGGAGCCUUAGCCUGGCGGUGGACAGCCUCCUGGAGAUGGUUCUGGACUCCUCCAAGCAGCUGGAGGAAGCACGUCAGAUUCAUGCUCGUUUUGAGAAAGAAUUCACCUCUAAGAGUGAAGAGAUGGCCCAGGUUGUUAGAAAACACCAGGAGUUACUGGAACGCCUGGAGGAGGAGAACUCGGCCAAGACGCAGCUGACACUGGAUCUGCACAAGGCGGAAGGCAUCAUCGAGGGAUUCAAGGUGGAGAAGGCCAGCCUGCAGGAGGCCCUGGGCCUGAAGGAGACAUCCGAGCAGGGCCUCGUGGCCGAGCUGGAGAGCCUGAAGCAGCAGCUUCAGCGGGUGACUCGACAGCAGGAAGAGCUGAAGGAGAAGAACUCUGUCCUGUGGCAUCAAAAGGAGGUGGCAGCAACAGAAGCAGAAGAGAGAGAAGCUGGCGUUCCUGUUACUAUAGCACACAAGGACUCAGCUCUUCGGAGGGAAGUCGAAGCUGCCACCACAGAGCGGUUGGAGACCAGGCAGCAGUGCGAAAAGGACCGUGCAGCUCUGCACGCCCAGGUGAAGCUCCUGGAGGCUGAGCUGGAAGAGCAGGUCUCACGCCAUCGAGCUUGUGCCUCACAGGCUGAGGAGCUCUGUGCCCUGAGACAGCAGAUGGUGUCCCUGGACAAGCACUUGCGCAGCCAGCGGCAGUUCAUGGACGAGCAGGCCGUCGAGAGGGAGCAUGAGCGGGAGGACUUCCAGCAGGAGAUCCAGAGGCUGGAGGAGCAGCUCCGCCGAGCAGCCCAGCUGCAGUCCCGGGGACCCCGCGACAGUGACCAGACACAGCUGGAUGAGGAGGUUGAAUUGUUACAGGAAAAAUUGAGAGAAAAAUCAGAUGAACUUAACGAAUUGGUUAUGAAGAAAGAAUUAUCAGAUAGACAAGUAUUGAUCCAGGAAGAGGAAAUUAAACAUCUGGAGGAGACAAAUGCCGAUACCAGGAGGAAAGUGACCCAGCUCCAGGAAGAACUGGAGAAGCAGAGGAAAGCUGUGCAAGAGCUACAGCAGGAUAAGGAGGCAUUACAGCAACAGCAGAUGAGUAACUUGCUUCUGGUGUCCACAUUGCAAUCUAAACUAGAUGAAGGCAAAUGCCCUUUGCCUCCUGCAGACAGCUGCCCUGAGGGCCCAAAAGUCCAGUUAGAGACUGUACAGAGGGCGCUCCUGCAGCGGGAAAGUGAGGUUUUAGAAUUAAAAGAACAAUUAGAAAAGAUUAAAGAUGACUUAAUUAGUAAAAGCGAAGAAGUACUACAUCUGAACUUAAAAUUAGACCUGCAGAACAACCAUGCUGCCAUCAGCGUCAGAGGACUACAAGAAGAGAAUGCCAAUUUGAAGGCAUUUCUGCAAAACAAAGAAAAGGAGAUACUCCAUAUGAGUGAGCAGCUUGAGGCGCAGCUGACUGGGAUGGGAAGUGGCGCUCUCAGUGAGGUUAUGUACAGUAGAAGCUCUGAAGUGGAGGAAUUGAAGUCCAUUAUUGAGACUUUGCAGGAGAACCAGGAGCGGCUGCAGAAGGAUAAAGCAGAGGAAAUCGAGCAACUGCACGAGGUCAUCGAGAAGCUGCAGCGGGAGCUGACCCUUGGAGGGCCUGCCGAGCAUGAGCUUGGUGAUAGCCAAGCCGAGGACCUCCAGAGUGAGCUGGCACAUGGGCUGUUGUGCCUGCAGGCUGAGGGAGCUGAGGCCCAGGCUGCGCUGCAGGCUGAGCUCCAGGCUGCCCUUGUGGCCAAGGAGGCCUUAAGCCAGCUGCUGGCUGAGCAGGAACACCAGCACGGCCAGGCCCUGGAGGCCCUGCAGCAGCGCCUGAGGGUUGCGGAGGAGGCUGCCGCGAGGCAGCUAGCCCAGCUGGGGCAUAGCUCGGCCCUGCAGGAGGCUGAGAUACAGGGCUUAGCCUCUCAGAUUCAAGAGUUUGAAGCUGCCCUCAAAGCAAAGGAUGCAGAGAUUGCCCAGAAAGAUUUGGAAAUUGAGACUAUGAACAGAAGGCGAUCAGCCCACUCCACCGAACUAGAGGCCAUCCUGUUGGCCUUUUCCCGCCUGCGCCGCACCCUGGAACAGCAGCCCCUGGGUGCCAUGCAUGAGCCCCCUGAGCUGCUGAGGCUCAGAGUGCAGUGCGUCCGCCUCAGCCGCCAGCUGCAGGCGCUGAACCAGCAGUUUCUGAGGUGUCAGAAGGAGCUGGACAAGCAGCAGGCAAGCAGGGCCCCUGUGCUCCCUUGUGUGAAGGACAGCUUCCAGGGACGUAUGGCCAGGGGUGACAAGGCCUCAUGUGAUGAAGAGCUGGAACAGGAUGAGAGCAGCAGACAGCAACCUGUGGCCUCCUGUGGCCAAGGCAGUGAUCCACAGAGCCCAGUGAAGGCUAAUCAGCAGUCUGCCAAAGCCCUGGUGACGGUAAACCACACGGGUCUCCACGAACAAGACAGCGUGAUGUCAGUGCUAACAGUUUGCCAAAGGCAGCUGGAGUCUGAGCUGCUCCUGGUGAAAAACGAAAUGCAGUUGAGUGCUGAGGACCAUGGCAAAGCAUCAGGGACAUUGAAGGUUAAGGAACGACUACUGAAAGAUUAUAAGCUGCAGAAAGUUGAUGUCAUAACUCAGGUGAAACAGCUUCAAGAAAAACUGAAUCAUCUAGUAUACUCUAUGAACCUCCAGAAUGUCCAGACAGAGGAUUUCAACUCUCAACAGCCAUUGGCAUUUUCUCAUGUUGUAGAAAACAGUUCAAGUGGUAGUUCUACGAAUGGUGAAGAAACUGACCAGUCAUCUCCUGUUGAUACAAUUCAUAUCAGUAAAAUCCCACAAGAUCUAAUUGACAUUAUUGGAAAUCAGGAUUCAUUGAUAAGAAGAAAUGAAAUGCCACAUGUUCCCAUGGAAGACAAGGGAGAUUUGCAGGAUGGGUCACUUUGUUUACAGGCGAGCUUGCCUAGUAGCUCCCGUGACUUAACCUACACCGAGGAGGCUGAGCCUUUGAAGAGUGCACUCAGUGCAAUGGACCUGUCCUUCUGGAGCUCCCCUGAGGUUGUCAGGAAGGACUCAACCCUUGAGCCACUGUCCAGCCUGCCCGUAACCCCCUGCUUGGACGCCAUGAGCCAGCGCAACCUGGAUACCUCCCUGAGGGACAGAACAAGCCCCUCACUGCUCCAGGCUGACCAGUCGGGGCUACUUUGUUCCCCCCGCAGGACAGCAGCAGUAAAGGCCCCUUGUUGGGCAGAGUCAUCAUUGGCCACAGACAGGGCUCCCUCUGCUGACCAUCACGUGCGUCGUUCAGCUAUGGAGAAAGAUGUUGAGGAUUUUAUCAUAACAUCUCUUGAUUCUCAAGAAAAGUCAAGAUUAUCUCCUCUUGGGUUAGAAGGAAAAAGCAAUGGCAGUGAAAACAGUAAUGACGCUGGCUGUGGAGAGAUACUAAACCAAGGUUCGACAGGACUGGAAGCCCUCACUGCCAGUCCUGCGGUGCCGCCCCCUGCCUCAGGAAGCUUCCAACACCUGCCAGAAGCCAUGAAGGAGAAGGAAGUCCACCCAAAGCAAGUUAAGGCUUUGCUGCAGAUGGUGUAUGAUGAGAGCCACCACAUCCUGGCCCUAUCCGAAUACCAUGGAUACCCCAGUGCACUGAGCAAGGGCGAGCCAAGCGCCCCCAUCAAGCGCUUCCUGAGGGGGGGCCAGGGCCUAUUGGAGACAGUGCCCGCCCUGAGGGGGCAUAUGACCUCAACACCCCAACAGGGAGAGAAGUUUCAGGAACCUGCUGAUACCUGCCUUGACUGGAGAGGAGAAUUCCUGCAGGUUGUCCAGGAGGCAUUUGAAAAGGAGCGGGAGAUGUUGACGAUGGAGCUGCAGCCACAACUCUGUGGUGCUGGCCCCAGGGCCGAUGGCGCCCUGGUGGAGAGGCUGCAGAAAGUGGUCCAGGAGCAGGGGGACCUGCAGGAGAAAUCCUUGGAGCACCUACGUCAGUCCGACAGGAGUAGCUUGCUGUCCGAGAUCCAGGCCCUGCGAGCCCAACUGCGGCUGACACACCUGCAAAACCAGGAGAAGCUGCAACAACUGUGUGCAGCACUGACCAGUGCGGAGGCCCGCGGGAGCCGGCAGGAGCACCAGCUGCGCCGGCAGGUUGAGUUACUGGCAUAUAAGGUUGAGCAGGAAAAAUGUAUAGCAAGUGAUCUACAAAAAACCCUCAGUGAAGAACAAGAGAAAGCAAAUAACGUCCGAAAGCUGCUGGUGGUGGAGCAGAACACAGUCAAAACUUUGAAAUCUGAGCUUUGUGAAUGUAAACAGGACAACGAGAGGCUGCUGAAGUCCCUCAACGAUGUACAGAUGGAGGUUCUCCAACUGAGGUCCAUACUGGACAGCAAGGAGAAUGACCUGAAGGCCACACUUCAGGAGCUAGAGGACGAGCGUGCGAAGGAGCGUGCCCUGCAGAGCCGGCUGGAGCAGGAGCAGCUGCAGCACCUGCAGAGGGAAGGCCAGAACUCCAAGGCCUUGGAGGAGUUAAGAAUAUCCUUGGAGAAGCAAUACGCUCAGAAUAAUCAACUGUGUGUAGCUUUAAAACAUGAGCAGACAGUGAAGGACAACCUUCAGAAGGAACUGCAGAUUGAGUCCUCACGCUGUGAGGCGCUAUUGGCACAGGAACGGAGUCGGGUCUCCAAGCUGCACUGGAACCUGGAGACUGCGCAGGGCCGCUCACUGGAGCUGUCCGAGGCCUUGCAGCAUGAGCGCGUUUUGACAGAGCAGCUGAGCCGUCGGGCACAGGAGGCCUGUGCUCACCAGGAGACACAGGCGCACCGUGCUCUGCUGCGGAAGCUGAAGGAUGAGACGGCCCGGGUGGCCGAGCUUCAGGCAGCGCUGGAGAAAGUGCAGCAGCACGCUGUGCAAGCCCAGCAGCAGCUGGAGGCUGAGGUGCAGAGGCGCUGUACAGAGCUCGAGAGAGAGAAGGAGGUGAGUGCCAGACAGAGGUCCACUGUGCAGGCCUUGCGGACCCCCAAACCAGAGCUGAGCUGUGAUCGGGACAGGGAGAGGGAGAAGCCCACACGGCUGCAGGCAGAGUUAGAGCAGUUACACUCGAGGCCAUCAGAGCAAGGAUUCAAGAACGCACGGAGAAGAGUGGAGACGAGGCAGAACCGGGCAGACACGGACAAGAGGAAGAAGUGGCAGAGAGACAAGGAGAAACUGAGAGAAUUAGAAUUGCAGCGCCAGCGCCACGAACACAAGAUCAAGCAGCUUCAGCGGAAGAUAAGGGAGCUGGAGGCCAGGGAGGUGGCACGCCUGUCCCCAGAGUCGGAGCAUCUCCGAGAGCAGCAGCAGGGCCUGGAGACAGUUCGGCAGCAGCUUCUCUGUACAGCAGGGCUGCUGACCAACUUCAUCAGCCAGACUGUAGACAGGACACUUAAUGAUUGGACCUCAUCAAAUGAGAAAGCAGUGACACAUUUAUUGCGGACGUUAGAGGACCUCAAGUCCAAGCUGAGCACAUCUAACUUUUCCCAGAAAAAAAUGACAGCAGAGGUACAGGUCCAGCUGGUGGACGUGUUGCUAAAAGAAAACGAUUCCCUCACCCAAGCUCUCAAUGCCAUGACCCAGGAGAAGGCAGAGCUGUGCAGGGCCACGUCCCGGCUGGAGAAGACGCUCAAGCACCACCUGCUGAAGGGCUGCGCUCUCAGUAGGUCAGACAGGUCAUCCUGGAGGCGGGACAGGGCGGUCCCGCAGAGCUCACCAGGACUUCCAGACCAAGGACUGCCUGCGCCAGCUUCCAGGGAGGAAGCAAACACCAGCAAUGGCAAGAUGGAAAAAUUGUACCUGCAUUAUUUGAGAGCGGAGAGCUUUAGAAAAGCUCUGAUUUAUCAAAAGAAGUAUCUUUUACUGUUGAUCGGUGGAUUCCAGGACUCUGAACAAGAGACGCUUUCCAUGAUCGCGCACCUAGGAGUGUUUCCUUCCAAAGCAGAUAAGAAAAUCACCACCUCCCGGCCUUUCACCAGGUUCCGAACAGCUGUCAGGGUGGUGAUUGCCAUUUCAAGAUUACGUUUCUUGGUUAAGAAAUGGCAAGAAGUAGAUCGGAAAGGAGCUUUGGUGCAAGGCCGAGCACCCCGCACAGGAAUCUCAGUGUCACGGCAACAGUUGACCCCACCGGAAACCAGUGAGUCCCUACCUGAAACCAGUGAAUCCCCCCCUGAAAGCAGCAAAUCCCCACCAACCCGGGACGUGUCUUCCAGCCACACAAGGGACUCCGUGCCAAAAGCCUCCCCACGCAGGAGGGAAAGGUCCAAUCCAUCUCCAAAUUCAAGAUCCCUGACUGCAUCUCAAGAUCCAGAACAUUCUUUGACGGAAUUUAUUCACCAUUUAGAAAUGAUCCAGCAAAGACUGGGAGGGGUACCACCAGAUUCUACUUCAAAGAAAUCCUGCCGCCAGAAGACUAAACAGUGAAUAAAGUCCUUGUGGCUUUUACCUAUGGCCGUUCUACUUGAGUAGGGAGCUUGCGGUGUGGCGUGGCGUGGCGUGGUGUUGCUGAGCAGUGCCCAGCCUCCUCACGUGCCUGAGACGCCAGCCCCAGAAUGCCACUGACUGUGUUCUCACCUUUGUGCAUUGCUACAGAGCCAAAUGGAGUACUUUUUAUGUAGUUCCAGUAUGCUUUUGCUCCCUACCUUCAGGAUGUGCGUGUGCUCUCGUGAGUGAUGGGCAGCUACCCAGUCCUUCUCACGUUGGCAGAGCCACCUGCUUGCCUCCAGGAAGGGCUAGCAGAGAACAUCUCCCUGUUGUUUAUUUUCUUACAGUGUACAGAUGGAAACUUGGUUUAAAAAUAAAAACACAAAGGAAAAUCAAAAAGAAAGAAUAUAAUUAAAGACCUAUUUUAUUUGUGAAUAA